AUGAGUGUAAAGAAGGGUGAUAUAAAUAUGGAGGAAUAUACAGAAUCGGUAAAAAAUAAUGACAAAAGAGGUGACAUAAAUGGAGAGAUAGGAACAUGUCCAAGAAGAGAAGCAAAAGUAGAAGAGAAAAACUUCAAUACAUCAAAUAAUUGCACACUAGAAAAUACACGAAAUAUGGUAAAAACAUAUAUAGAUGAUUAUUUAAAAAGGCUAUAUUUUUACAAAGACGAUCCAAAAUUUAGGGAAAGCCCAACAAUGUGCUUAGAAGGAACAGAAGAAAUAGAAAAUUAUAUGAUUAAAGAAAAAACAUUUGUAACAACAUAUUAUCAAUAUAUAGAGAUAUACAAUAACACCACAAAUAUAGAAGAACAUUUAGAAAAAGAAGAAAUUGUAUAUGUUGAAAUGGCAAAGUAUGGUGUUACAAAAUAUAAACCCUAUAUUGUAACGAAAAAUAACAAAAAAUAUAUUGAAAUUCCAAAUGAAGAAAAAAUUAAAAAUCCAAUAUAUGCCACUGUUAAUGUUCCAUAUAUUAUUCCACAUCUGGUAGAAAAUGAAACUUUAGUUGUCUUAAAAAAAAUUGUUCAACCAAAAAUUCAAAUCUCGAAUGAGGAGUUACAAGUCCAAGUUGAAAAAUAUAUCCCUUGUUUAGUUCCUGUGAAUGUUUAUAUUCCUCGUUAUUUUGCAAUUUCUGCAAAAGCAAGUGAUGAAGUUAAAUAUUCUGUUCGGUAUGUAAACUUAUCAAAAGAACAAACUGACACAUUAAUGAAAGAAUUGAAUCCACAUCUAAACGAACUCAAGAAAUUUAAUGAUACACAGCUAAUUAAAAUGGAUCACUACAUCAAGGAAUCAGAAAUACAAGCUAAGAAUCACGGAUUAGAACCUCCACAUCCUCAACUUGUGGUCUAUGAUCUAGACGGAAAUAAGCAGGUACAGAAUUACUCCAAUUUUUACUAUAUCAAAAAAAAAAACUGUCUUUAA